AUGACAGUCUACAUCGCCUCACUCUUCCUUCCAUAUACUAUUGACUUUCAAGCCACCGAGCUGAGACAUGCUCGUCGCAAGUCAUCCCUCAGCCAAACUCCUAUAGACGACCAUGUUAUUGGUCGGCUGGCAGAGGCCCGCCAGAGACGCCACAACAAGUCGCUCAGUCUCUCAUUGACUCCCGGCGCGACUACAGAUGACGAAAAAAUCUUCAAACCGUAUGUCUCUCGGUCAGCGGGCGAGAUCCCCCAGGCGGACGAUCCCAACGGUCCUGGACUUAGCGAACCCAGAACCAUUUCUUGGGGUCAGAGUCGCAAAUUCAAUCAGCCGCAAUCCACGGCUCAAGUCCAUCCCCAACCGUCAAUCUUAAGAGCGUCAGAUGCCGGGGAUGACCUGAACGGCCAGUUCUGUGAUCCAAUUUCAGAGACUCCAGAUUCUGAGGAGGAUCAUGGAAGUCCCCGUGCGUUACUCUCUGUUGAUGACUGGGUUGUCAAAGCGGCAGAACAAGGCAAUGGUGGGCUGCGCAAUGCAGUCCAUGCAGCCGAAAAAGCCGGUAUUCUGACAAACAAGAUGUGGGUGGGCACACUAGGCAUGCCUACCGACUUGUUGAAGGAUGCGACACGCGCCAGCAUUUCUGAGACACUCGAAGAUGAGUACGAAUCGCUGACGGUAUUCGUACGCGAUAGCGAGUUCGACGGCCAUUAUACCCAUUUUUGCCGUUCAGUUCUGUGGCCAGCCUUCCACUAUCAGAUGCAAGAGAGCCCCCGACACACUGAAUACGACGACUAUUCCUGGAGACAGUAUGUCAAGGUCAAUGAAGCGUUUGCAAACACCAUCGCUGCUCGAUGGCGUCCUGGUGAUAGCAUCUGGAUCCAUGACUAUCAUCUUUUACUUCUUCCACAGAUGCUCCGACAGCGGUUACCCCAGGCAGAGAUUGGGUUCUUCAUGCAUGCUGCAUUCCCGUCCUCCGAGGUGUUCCGCUGCUUGAAUCCUCGCGAUGCACUCCUGAAUGGUCUGCUGGGCUCUGACUUUGUCGGCUUCCAGACAGAGGAGUACUGUCACCACUUUUUGCAGACCUGUAGCCGUCUUCUCAGUUUAGAAGUGACCGUUGGCGGCGUCCAACUGAAAGAUCGAUUUGUCCGCGUCAAGAGUAUUCCUAUUGGAAUCGACGCCAACGCCCUGGACCACCUACGCCAGGCCAACGAGGUAAAGGACUGGAUCGCGAAUAUUUCUUCCAGGUACAGCGGUAAGCACCUAAUUGUCGCAAGGGAUCGAUUGGAUACACCGGGCGGAAUCAAGCAAAAGCUGUUGGCAUACGAACUGUUCCUGAAGAAGUAUCCUAAGUGGAGGGAAAACGUUGUUCUCAUCCAGAUAGCAUCGGCAUCUGAGAUGCCUGAACUAGAGUCUCAAAUCUCAAAGAUAGCAACGAGGAUAAAUUCCAAGUAUUCGACGCUUACUUACCAACCGCUCGUGCUCUUGAGUCAAGACAUCAGUUACUCCCAAUUCUUGGCCCUAAUGAGCGUGGCGGAGAUUUUCAUGGUAACAAGUCUCCGAGAGGGUAUGAACUUGACAAGUCAGGACUACAUCCACUGCCAGGACGGCAAAGUGACACCGCAAUACCAUGGAUCCCUGAUCCUGAGCGAAUUCACCGGCAGUGCUUCGAUCUUUCAUGGACACGAGUUUCUCGUCAACCCGUGGGACUACAGAGAGGUUGCAGAUGCGAUUAACAAGGCACUGGAAAUAUCGCCCGAACAGAAGCAACGCAACUGGGAGUUCUUGCUUGAGAGGAAGGCACCUCACACGGCCGUAGCGUGGUGCAACUCGUUCAAAACAGCCCUUGCCGAAGCUCACAGCGCGCAACUGUCCCGCGAACUCAGUCUUGUCGCAACACUCUCUGUACCCGCACUGAAGGAGUCUUACGAGAAGGCAGCCAAGCGGCUCUUCUUCCUCGAAGACGAAGGGGCCGUCGCUUCUGGCAGCACACCAUCGCUGCUUGAAGGACUUCUCCGCGAUCCAAAGAACCUCGUCUACGUCACAAGCAACAAAAGCCCGGAGCAGAUCGAAUCCCAAUUUGCAAGCUUCCCCGAUAGAAUGGGAUACAUCGCUGAGAACGGUUGCUUCAAGCGGGAAAUUGGAACAACUCAGUGGAAGCCGCUAGUGGAUAUGGAGAGGGCGAAGGACUGGAGGAACGGCAUCCGUCGAGUUAUGCAAUACUACCAGGAAAGAACAGACGGUAGCGUCUUGGAAGAACGUCGCUGUCUGUUGACCUUCUGGUACAACAAUGCUCAAGAUCCCGAGAUCGCGGCCCGGCAGGCCUCCGAUCUUGCUGACAUGAUCAACGGCUCCCGCGGCAGCGAGGCCAUCCGCGUCGUCCUCACAGAUGGAUCAGUCAGCGUCGAACCCUUAGACAUCACAAAAGCCAAGGCCGCAGAGUCCAUCCUGGAGCAGUUGCCUGAGACCCCAGACUUCCUCUUCGUGGCCGGCGGUUCCCGCGGAGACGAAGCGCUCUUCCGCUGGGCCAACCGUCUGCAGGGCGAAAAUAAGAUUCUGGAGGUGACCACGGUCACCGUGGGCUCUCACGCCACAGAGGCUACGGCAGUGCUUCCCACCGGCAUGAGCAUCGCGGACGUUGUCAACACCCUGACUUCGUCGAGUGUGAAUGGUGCGAAUGGUCAUGGCCCUAUUGUCAAUGGUGACAAUUCCUCCCCUUCCUCAUGA